UGCGCCUGCGCAGGUUAUUGGCGCCAAGAUGGCGGUGGAGAUGAGGCUCCCGGUGGCUCGGAAGCCCCUUAGCGAGAGCCUGGGGCGUGACACCAAGAAGCACCUGGUGGUGCCGGGGGACACGAUCACCACGGACACGGGCUUCAUGCGGGGCCACGGGACGUACAUGGGCGAAGAGAAGCUUGUGGCCUCGGUGGCUGGUGCGGUGGAGCGCGUGAAUAAGCUCAUCUGUGUGAAGGCUUUGAAAACCAGGUACAACGGUGAAGUGGGCGACAUCGUAGUGGGGCGCAUCACAGAGGUCCAGCAGAAAAGAUGGAAGGUGGAGACCAACUCCAGGCUGGACUCGGUCUUGCUGCUGUCAUCCAUGAACCUCCCUGGAGGAGAGCUGAGGAGGCGGUCUGCAGAGGACGAGCUGGCCAUGAGAGGCUUCCUGCAGGAGGGGGAUCUCAUCAGUGCCGAGGUCCAGGCAGUGUUCUCUGACGGAGCCGUGUCUCUGCACACGAGGAGCCUGAAAUACGGAAAACUGGGCCAGGGCGUGCUGGUGCAGGUCUCACCGUCCCUGGUGAAGCGGCAGAAGACCCACUUCCACGACCUGCCCUGCGGCGCCUCGGUGAUCCUGGGCAACAACGGCUUCAUCUGGAUCUACCCGACCCCCGAGUACAAGGAGGAGGACGCAGGGGGCUUCGUCGCGAACCUGGAGCCCGUCUCCCUGGCCGACCGAGAGGUCAUCUCCCGCCUCCGGAACUGCGUCAUGGCACUGGUCAGCCAGAGGAUGAUGCUGUAUGACACGAGCAUCCUGUACUGCUACGAGGCGUCCCUGCCGCACCAGAUCAAAGAUAUCUUAAAACCGGAAAUAACGGAGGAGAUCGUGAUGGAGACGCGCCAGAGGCUUCUAGAACAGGAGGGCUAAGCGGCUCCCAGGGGACGGCACCAUGCUCCUUGCUGGAGAGACGUCGCUCAGGACAGUGCCGAGGGACACAAGCGU